UCCAAACUGCACAUUUCUCUUCACAUCUCUUCCGCUCUCUACGGGUUUUUGCAACCUUGCGCUCUUGUUUUCGUUGCAGGGAAGCACAGGAGACGCUGCUCUGCUUCACAUUCAAGGUUCAACACUCAGUCAGAAUGAAGACAAUCGUUUGGUUUGGGAUCGUGCUGUGUUCGCUCUGCGCUGCAGGUGAAGUGUUUGUCGGUAAGCUGGGUGAGAAGGUCAUCCUGAAGUGUGGGAUCGCCUCCUCCAAGGUGUACGUGGAGUGGCAUCACGGCCCGGACAUGAUCUUUAACAAACCUAAGAGUGGAAUGAAGCGCAGAGGCAGCAGUGCUAUAGUGUCGAGAUCGAUGGAUUACAGGGAAACAAACUUGCAGAUCUCACGUUUGAAGGAAGAAGACGCCGGAAAGUUCACGUGCAUAGUAGACAGGAAAAGUCAAGAACACACGCUGCUCGUGGUCUCAGUCUCAGCCGACCCCCCCGGUGAGCUGCAGGUGGGAGCAACCGCUUCGCUGCUGUGUGGGGUCAGAGGUCACGACUCGGCGGCGCAGCAGUGGAAGAGUCCAAAGGGAAUAAAACACCCAGAACACACCCUUCAUCUUGAGUCUGUUUCCCCCUCUGACGCUGGGACCUGGGAGUGUGUGUUCUCCCAUGAAGGGGUGGAGUACAAGGAGAGCCUCGUCAUCAAAGUUAAAGAGCCUGAAGCAGCUGCUCCUACCCAGAAACCUCCCAAGUCAACUCCCAUCCACGGGUCUGUUCCCCAAUAUCCACCCGGCGUUUCCCAGUCUCCCUCCGUCACCUCUCUCCUGCUGGGCCUCAGGUGGUGGGUGUGGGUCGCAGUGGGAGUGGGCUUCCUGGUUGUGUUUCUCCUGGUGGUCUUGGUCAUUGUCUUGUGCAAGAGGAUCAAAAGAAGGAAGAGAAGAUAUCUAAAGAUGAAAAUGGGCCGCCUGCCACUGCAGCCCAAGCAGUUCUGCCAGUGUGCGCGGCCAGCAGCUGCAGAAAAACCGCGGCAAGGACGUCGGAGAGAGAAGCCGAAAGCCCCCCCCCCCGUAGCCGCUGCUAAUGUAGAGACUUGAAAGACAGAUGGAAGAAGAAGUGAGAGCAAGGGGAAGAAGAGAGAGAGAUAGAGAGCGAGUGAAAGAGAACCCCAGUGUGAAUACGGCAUGAAUGUAAAUGGGCUUUUGAAUGCUCGAGAUAAAAAUUAAAAUGUAAUGAUGUGGCCACUCACUUUGAGCUUUCUUCACCAAAUAUAACCAAUGAAGUGAAUGCAAAUGGACUCCUCCACCGCAGGGGGAACAGCAGCUUGUGUUGGACUCUUAUGUAGCACAUUCACGUGUUGAAUAAUGUCCUUGAAUGCAGCAUUGUCAACUUAUAAAGCGCUUUUUAUUGUAAAAGUCAUGCAGCUUUCUUGUGUUUCUGUGUAUUUGAUAAAUCCUGUUUGUCUUUGCUUCUGUACUGUGUAAAUAAAAAGAUUAGAUGUCAAGGA